UCCAUCAAACACCAGCAGCGAAGGACAGGGCUGCUUUUCACUCCAUGUUGCCUGCAGUCCAAACACACUGGCUCAGACAUGGCUCACAGUGGCAGAUGUGCUGAUUUCAGAAUCACUUGUGCCAAAGUGUUACGGUUAAUUCAGAGCCUGACUCGUAAGAAGCCUCUGGUGCCAGAGGGUGAGGAGUCUAAAUUCUGUCGAUGCCUGACCACCUUGGACCUGGUGGGUCUGGGUGUUGGCAGCACACUCGGAGCCAGUGUGUACGUGCUGUCAGGAGAGGUGGCCAGGGAAGUGGCCGGCCCCAGCAUUAUCAUCUCCUUCUUGGUUGCGGCAGUGGCUUCAGUAUUUGCAGGGUUGUGUUAUGCUGAGUUUGGAGCCCGGGUCCCCAAGACAGGCUCAGCGUACCUUUAUAGUUAUGUGACUGUAGGAGAGGUGUGGGCAUUUGUGAGUGGCUGGAACCUGCUGUUAUCCUACGUUAUCAGAACAUCUAGUGUUGCGAAAGCCUGGACCGGGGCCUUUGAUGACCUUAUCCAUAACGUUAUUGCUGAAACUCUAAGAGAACAUACACCAAUGGAUUCACCUGGCUUGGCUCCAUACCCAGACUUCUUGGCUGCUGGGCUGAUAAUGCUCCUCACUGGUAUACUUGCUUAUGGUGUGAAAGAGUCUGUGAUCGUGAACACAGGUUUUACUGCAGUGAAUGUAACUGUAUUGGCUUUUAUUAUCAUCUCUGGCUUUAUAAAAGGAGACAUCAACAACUGGCGCAUCAGUGAGGAGACUAUCCUGAAUGCAACUCGAGACAUGAAGAACCUUACAUUGUCCCAAAAUGAAGCUGUUGAUUUUGGUGUUGGGGGCUUCUUUCCCUUUGGCUUGGAGAGCACAUUCACAGGAGCAGCAACUUGUUUCUACGCUUUUGUCGGAUUUGACAGCAUUGCCACAACAGGGGAGGAGGUGCAGAACCCACAGAAGGCUAUACCUCUUGGGAUCAUGGCGUCCCUGCUCAUCUGCUUCUUGGCCUACUUUGGCGUGUCAGCUGCUCUGACACUUAUGAUGCCCUACUAUCUGCUCGACAGCCACAGCCCUCUACCUGUGGCCUUUGAAUAUGUUGGCUGGGAGCCCGCAAAGUAUGUUGUGGCUGUAGGAUCCCUCUGUGCACUCUCAACAAGUCUCCUGGGAAUGAUGUUUCCAAUGCCAAGAGUGCUCUUUGCAAUGGCAAGAGACGGCCUGUUCUUCAAGCCUCUUUGUUACAUGAGCCCCAGGCAAAGUCCUGUCUUUGCCACACUGUCUUCAGGAGCUGUGGCAGCUUUCAUGGUCCUGAUAUUUGACUUAAAGGGACUGGUUGACAUGAGUUCAAUUGGGACCAUCUUUGCCUACUGUCUUGUUGCCAUGUGUGUUCUCAUACUAAGAUACAAAGAAGACUCUGGGUUUAUCCAUGGCCUGGAACCGUUUAGUGUAAUGGGGCUUUUAAGGCCUCCAUCUCGACCCACCCAGCGCACCUCUAAAAAUGUCAACACAGUCACCAUAAUUAUAUUGUUCCUGGUGAUCGUUUUAAGCGUGCUGUUGUCCGAGGCUCUGCAUUCCCUCCGCAGACGAGAGCUUUGGAGCGUGCUGCUCAUCUGUGUCCUCGUGCUGACACUGGUCUUCGCUGUUGUUAUCAUCUGGAGACAGCCACAGAGCACAACUAAAGCUGCUUUCAUGGUUCCUUGUCUACCUGUGAUUCCAGUUUUAAGUGUCUUCAUCAAUACCUAUCUGAUGGUUCAGCUGGGAGGAGAGAUUUGGAUCAGCUAUGCUGUCUGGAUGGCAGUAGGCCUGAUUAUCUACUUUUGCUAUGGGAUUCGUCAUAGUGUCCAAAAACAAAGGCUCCAGGAGGCUCGCACCCACUUAAAUAUUGUUCCCAUGAACUUUGAUGUUGCUGCUUGAUGUGUUUUAUAAAACUGUGACAUCUUUUUGUCCACGUACAUGGAAUAAGAUGGCCAAAGAAUGUUAAAGCUAAUCAAGGAAUUACCUUGAAAUAUUUUUUAGUAUUUUAUUCAGGAAUCAGCCUUGGUGGAAUUGACCUGUUCCUUUGAGGCAUGCUGUUAUGCUAACAACUGCUUUAACUGUAUGCUAAUAGUAUUGUCUUGUACCUUUUAAUAUUUUUAUGUCUUGUACCUGUAUCACAAGUCUUGUCAUAUUAUUCAUUAUGGCUUAUCAGUCAUUCAAGACUUUGCAAUCUUGGAUACUGUUUUUUAAUAUCUGUAUUUGACUGUGACAAAACUUUUAAAACAUAUUCAUUGUUAUUACAGUGGUUAUUUA